CAUCUGCACUAAGCAUCUGUUUACCUUCAUACCAGGCACCUUUCCCAUACUUUAUCAAUACUUUUAGAGCUACUUUUGGAGUCUGCAGUCAUGGCUACUCCAAAUAAAGAUCCCAUUUGGAACCUGGAGCUCAAGACCAAGGCUACUGUGACCUUCAGUUCUAGUCCAGUCAGCCCACCAGACAGCACCUGGAAGUUCCAGAACAAAGAAUGUAACAACUACAGAUCCAAGGAGGGGAUCACCCCUGAGGGUGGGAGCAAUGGCUCUGACCCAAGCUCUUACCAGAAGGUCAAGGGGAUAACAUGGUUCCAAACUUUGAUUCACCUGUUGAAAGGGAAUAUUGGCACAGGUCUCCUGGGACUGCCCCUGGCAGUGAAGAAUGCAGGGCUCUUGAUGGGUCCUCUCAGUCUGUUGCUCAUGGGCAUUGUGGCUGUACACUGUAUGGGCAUCCUGGUGAAGUGUGCUCGCCACUUGUGCCGCAGGCUACAGAAGCCCUUUUUGGAUUAUGGAGAUGCAGUGAUGUAUGGGCUACAGACCAGCCCCAGCUCUUGGCUCCAGAAUCAUGCCCUUUGGGGAAGGCAUGUUGUGGUUUUUUUCCUGCUUCUCACUCAAUUGGGAUUCUGCUGUGUAUAUUUUGUUUUUCUGGCUGAUAAUUUAAAGCAGGUGAUAGAAGCAGCCAAUACAACUACCACCAACUGCUAUAGUAAUGAGACUGUGACCUUGACACCUUCCAUUGACUCACGACUCUACAUGCUCAGCUUCCUGCCCUUCAUAGUGUUACUGGUAUUCAUCCGUAACCUCAGAGUCCUGUCCAUCUUCUCCAUGUUGGCCAACAUAUGUAUGUUCAUCAGCCUGGUUGUGAUCUACCAAUACAUUGUUCAGGAUAUCCCAGAUCCCAAAAACCUACCUCUUGUAGCUGAUUGGAAGACCUACCCUUUGUUCUUUGGAACUACUAUUUUUGCAUUUGAGAGCAUUGGUGUGGUUCUUCCCCUAGAAAACAAAAUGAAGAAGAAUGACCAUUUCCCAGUCAUCUUGUAUGGAGGAAUGACCAUGAUUACACUUCUCUAUACCAGCCUGGCAUGCCUGGGCUACUUGAAGUUUGGAGCAGCCAUACAAGCCAGCAUAACCCUCAACCUGCCCAACUGCUGGUUAUUUCAGUCUGUGAAGCUGCUCUACUCUCUCGGAAUCUUCUUCACCUAUGCCCUGCAAUUCUAUGUCCCAGCUGAGAUCAUCAUCCCUUUUGCUGUCUCCCACGUGCCAAAACAGUGGAAUUUGGUGGUAGAUUUAUCCAUCCGCACAGGCCUGGUCUGUGUGACAUGUGCCUUGGCCAUUCUGAUCCCCAGAUUAGACCUGGUAAUAGCCCUGGUGGGUUCCAUGAGCAGCAGUGCCCUGGCUCUGAUCAUCCCACCACUCCUGGAGAUCAUCACCUAUUACUCAGAGGGCAUGAGCCCUAUCACCAUCAUUAAGGACAUCCUGAUCACUUUCCUGGGCUUCUUUGGGCUUGUGGUGGGCACCUACCAAGCACUCUAUGAACUGGCCCAGCCACCUGUUUCUCCCACCUUUUCCAACUUGACCAGUGCCUUCGUACAGUGAUCUACUUCCAAGAGGAACACCUUCCCUGCCUCUCCUCAUCCCUCCACUCCCUGUGGAAGGUGAACUCUCUGCUUCUGGGACUAGGCCAACUGUGCUAUGGUAGAAAAAGCACUGGGUCUGGAAAUGGAACACCUGGGUUAUGUGAUAUGACUAUGGGCAAGUCACUUAGACUCUUUGAGCCUCAGUUUCCUCACCUGUAAAAUGAGGAUACUGCUUCUCCUUAUAGGAUUUUUGGGAGCAUUGAAUGAAGUAAUGUAUUCAAAGCACUUUGUAAAUUGUAUAGUGCUAUAAAAAUAUGGCCUAUUACCACUGCUUUUCUUCCCCCUCAGCAUUCUCUUACUUUGGGAGCUCUCCAACAUACUGCCUCAAGGUAUGAGUCAUUUUCUCUUAGCUUUGCCUCUGACUUGUUGGCAAACUUCAGUUAAAGGUUUCCACUAGCUGCCUAUCAUAGAAAGAUGACCUAACAAGGUUGAGCACAUGUUUGCCAUCCAUGAACUCUCUGAAUACAAGCUGAUACUGAAACUCUAAAUAUAUUCUAUCUGGAGUUUGACUCCCUUUCCAACUCCUUGUUCCUGGACCUCUACCUUGUUCCUCAAAGACAAACCAAUCUGUGAAAUAUUUAUACUCAAUCACCAUUUCUAGACUCUGACAUGUAGUUGGGUUUUGUAUCAGAGGAGACGCAGUUUUAAGAAGAGAGCACAUGCAUGUGAGAAAUCACCUUGAAAUCCUGAAGGCAAUUAAGGGAAGGACCUUAAGGAUUGUCGUCCAACCCUCUCACGCUCCAGGGGAAGAGAAUGAAGCUCAGAGAGGACAAGAGGCUUGCCCAAAGCUACACCAUGAGUUAAUGGUUUGGCUGAGGCUAGAAGUCCGGUCUCUGGCCACACAAAGCUGAGCUCUUUCCCAUGAGACCACAGAGCAAGAAGUAAUCUUAAAGACUAUCAGGUCUAACACUCUCAUUUUGCAAAAGAGUAAAGUGCAGAUGUAGAGAGGGGAAUGGAUUUGCCCUGGACUGUAACCCAGGAUUCCCCAUCCAGUGCUCUUUUCACUACACCCCACGUAUUUGGGGAUAGAAGAAGGGCUCCCUGCUACUGCAAAGGGCUCUAGAGAAGGAAGACAGAAAUGGUGCUAGAAAACAAAAAAAGACCUGAGGGCUCAUAGACAAAUGAUGUGCAUUUGGGGGAGGGUUCCCUCCUCUUAUAUCUCCUGACUAUGGUUAGUCACAGUCUCCAAGUGAAAAUGCUUAUUUUUUGAAAGAUUAACAGAUUAAUCUUACCAAGAAGUAAGAGAAAUCUGGCUCAAGUUAGUGGUUAGGGGGAAGGGUUGGAAUCUGAAACAGCUCAUGAUAGCAAAGAUCAGAAUCCAUUCAACAAACAUUUGUUAAUUACUUUGUGUGUACAGAGUACUCUGUUAAGCACCAAGGAAGGUUUCAGGCUUGGAUAGGAUAAUGUUCUUGCCCUCCUCCCUUGUGAAGAAGGGUCUUUGGUCAUCUCUUCAUUGCAUGUAUGUCAGCAACA